GAAUUAAUUGUCAUCACCAGCAUCCAGCAACACGCAGAGCCAGCGAGCAGCAAGCAACAAAGAGCACAGCAGCAAUCACAGGAACCACCACACCAAACAACGUACUCCCGUCGUUACACUCUUUGUAACGCAUGACAACGCUCCCAUUCAAGAGCAAUCAGCGCAAGUGAGAAAACAACUUCAUUCGUAGAUCAUGAUCAGGCGAAACAGCGACGGUCGAGAUGAUGAUUCUGGCGACAACAACAACAACAAUAAUAAUAACAACAAUGGCAACAACGAACAACCACGCCGUGCUCCGUCCGCGCUGCACAAUCGCUUGUUGAAUCAGCAGAGGAGCAACAUUUUGCUGCAGGUUCUGUUUCAUCACAUGCUGAACAGUCGUCGUCGCCGCGAAGAAGAAGAAGCCUUGGCAUCGAGUCCGCCGCCGUUGCCGGACCGUGACAUGCCCAUUUUGAGCCACCACGAAGCGGAGACCACAAAUGCCAUGUGUCGAUUCUGUUUUGAAGGGUCCGUGGAACAAGAGCAAGAACAAGCAGAGGAUACUGGCAAAGAUCGCAAUGCUCUGGUGGCUCCCUGCAAUUGUGAUGGUGGAUCUCGGUGGGUCCAUUUGGAAUGUUUGCGACAAUGGCAACGCAUGCAGACACGCAGUCUCUCCAGUUCCAAUGUUAAUGCGAAUACAACAACCUACACGUCGGCGGGGUACAUUUGCAACGUUUGCAACAGUCCCUAUUUGAGCCGUCCACCGGCGGUUCGAUCCGUGCGACGCAAUUUGUUAAAGAGGGGAACUCUGCUCGUGUCGAGACCCAAUACUUUGGGGCGAACCUUUCAAAAUACGGUCGUCUUGCUAUUGACCGAUGUGUGUGGAAGUCCCCAGGGCGCUUUUGGAUUGAUUGUCAAUUCGCCGUUGCAGCAGGAACCACAAAAUUUGGUAUUGUCAACACCGCCAUCAUCACCACCGCUCCAUCAAAGUAGUAUUAAUGAGUCCUCCAGUCCGACAGAACAAAAUUCCAACAACAACAACAACAACAACAACAAUGCAAUCAUUGAAUGGAGGCGUGGAGGACCCGUAUGUGGUGGAAGACUUGGUGUGGUUCAUUACACAGUUUUACACACGUACCCUCCAACCAUCCACCCGGAUGAUGAGGAUGUCCUGGAUGUGGAUAUUGACGAAGAGUAUUUCGAGGAAAAUGAAACUUAUGAUGACAACGAGGAUGCUGUCGCCGAUAGUGACGACGACGAGCAGGAUUUGGAAGCAGGCCUGACCGAAAUGGCUCUGCAAGAAGUGGACGAACAAUCUGCCAGGGACGAAAAUGAAACGGUGGACGACGAUGACGAGGAAGUUGACGAUAUUGACGAUCUCGGUGAAAACGACGACUCGUUGUGUGCUCCCAUGUCUCUCCCCGUCUUUGAUAUCACGGACGCCGAUACCAUUUCACGACCGUUGCAGUUUGUCGCCUCUCCAGAGACAUCGACGCCCUGCACCUUUUCGGAAGACAACCUUGGCAACACCGUACAACGGAUAGUACUUGACGGUCAAGAGGAACUACCCGAUCAUGAUGACACGACAACGACAAGCAGCAACAACAACAAUGAUACAGCCCAGGCACCACACAAGGUCAUUGUGUUUUCGGGAUACUGCAAGUGGCGUGCCGGGCAGCUAGAGCGGGAAAUUCAAAGAGAGGUCUGGGAUGUUUGCAUUGAUGCCACACCCGAGGAUAUUCUGCGACACCAUGAUUCUGGGUUCUGGGAAGAAAUUAGUGAAAGCAAUCGACUUCUCUCGUGGCAGCGGCUCAUUGAAGAAGAAGGGGGCGAUGAGUAGUCCCUCUAGUCUACAAGCCACACAACACUUUGCAAGCUCCAUCCUCUCUGAAUUUUUCCCUCUUUAUUCUCAACUCCUCCUCCUUUAUUCUCAAACUCCUCCAUCUUUAUGCCCAACUCCUUCAUCUCCCACGAGUACGGUAACUGACAAGCUUCGGCCACAUCGGUACCGCUAUCUUCUGUAUAUUUCAUUUCUAGAUACCAGCCAGCUUUUUAAAAUUGAAUAGAUAACUUAUAUGAUUAUUCGAUUCGAACAGAGU